AGUUUUCAACUGUUAUUAAAGCUAAGCUAGUUUACAACUGUUAUUAAAGCUCCCUUUACUUCAACUGUUAGCUCGGGUCAACAGUUACUCUAAAAGACUUCAACGUAGUUUUUGGCAUGAUUUAAUACCGUGUGGAAGUUUUCUUUUUCGACUUUGCUCGCUGAAUGACCCAGGAUUCAAUAUGUCAUUUUUUAAUUUUCGCAAAAUCUUUAAAUUGGGAGCUGAGAAGAAGAAGAAACAGUACGAGCACGUGCGCAGAGAUGAGAACCCAGAGGAAGUCUGGGAUAUAAUUGGAGAACUGGGAGAUGGAGCCUUUGGAAAAGUCUAUAAGGCUCAGAACAAACAGACGGGCAUUCUAGCCGCAGCUAAAGUUAUCGACACUAAAACCGAGGAGGAGCUGGAGGACUACAUGGUGGAGAUCGACAUCCUGGCCUCCUGUGACCAUGAAAACAUUGUCAAACUGCUCGACGCUUUCUAUUUCGAGGGCAAACUGUGGAUUCUCAUAGAGUUCUGUGCAGGAGGGGCAGUGGACGCCGUCAUGUUGGAACUGGAGAGACCCCUGACAGAGCCACAGAUCCGGGUGGUAUGUAAGCAGACUCUGCAGGCCCUCGUUUACCUCCACGACGGCAAGAUCAUCCACAGAGACCUGAAGGCUGGAAACAUCCUCUUAACCCUGGACGGCGAUGUCAAACUGGCUGACUUCGGCGUGUCUGCCAAAAACACCAAAACACUGCAGAGAAGAGACUCUUUCAUUGGAACGCCUUACUGGAUGGCUCCAGAGGUGGUGAUGUGCGAGACAUCCAAGGAUCGGCCGUACGACUACAAAGCCGAUAUCUGGUCCCUGGGGGUCACCUUGAUCGAACUGGCGCAGAUUGAACCGCCCAAUCAUGAGAUGAACCCCAUGAGAGUCUUACUGAAAAUAGCCAAGUCCGAUCCUCCCACCCUGAUGCAGCCGUCGCGCUGGUCUCCAGAAUUCAGUGAUUUCCUGAAGAGAUGUCUGGAUAAGAAUGUGGACAACAGAUGGACUGCACCGCAGCUACUACAGCAUCCAUUCGUGUCCAGUGUGAUGGACAACCGGCCUUUACGGGAGCUGAUCGCUGAGGCCAAGGCUGAAGUAACGGAGGAGAUCGAAGAGCACAAGGAAGAAGAGGAGGAGGAAGAGAGCGACACUCAUCUGGGCCACAAACGCGCUCCAUCCGAUGUCAGUGUUGCUAGUUCAGAGGAUGAGAAGAUCCCCUUGUCUCCCUCCAACUUGGAAUCUGUCCCUGAAAAGGCUGAGCCUCUUAUCCCCAUACCUGCACCCACAGCCACGCCCACUGACCCCCCUGUGGCCAACCAUGUGGUGAGCACCAGCUUUGUAGAGGAGCCCGAUUCCCCCGAAGAGCAUAAAGAGGAGACUGCAGACGUAGAAGAGAAAGUGACAGAGGAAAAGUGUCCAGACGCAGACGCAGACGUGUCCUCACCAGAGACACCCACCAAGGAAAUGGAGCAGCUGGAGGUAUCAGCGGAAAACGAAAAGGAAGUGGACACAACUGAGGUGGAGUCGAAGCCAGCGGCCACCGCAGAGACCACAGAGACCACUGAGGAAAAGAUGGAGACUGUGGAGGAGUCCAAUCCCCCUGCACAAGAGGAGGAGGAGGAGGAGGAGGAGGAGGAAGAGGAUCGGUACAGAAAUAUGAAGGUGACACUGACACUACCAGGUCAGAAUCAAGUUACAGCAGAGAACGGAGAAAAGGCCACAGAAAAGGAGAAGGAAGAUGAAAAAGCAGCUCCAGACAAGGUCAAAGACGACAAAGACAGAGAAAACAGCAGCGUAGACCUCAACCUGUCCAUCUCCAGUUUUCUGUCCAAAACUAAAGAGCCCGGGUCUGUUUCCAUACAGGACACUAAACGUCAGAAGAAGACACUGAAAAAGACCCGCAAGUUCAUAGUGGACGGAGUUGAAGUUAGUGUGACGACGUCAAAGAUCAUCACUGACAACGACACCAAGAAUGAGGAGAUGAGAUUCCUGAGGCGACAGGAGCUGAGGGAGUUGCGUCUCCUGCAGAAGGAGGAGCAGAGGGCGCAGCAGCAGCUGAGCAACAAACUGCAUCAACAGAAGGAGCAGAUCUACCGGCGCUUCGAGCAGGAGACGACGAGUAAGAAGCGUCAGUACGACCAGGAGGUGGAGAACCUGGAGCGGCAGCAGAAGCAGACCAUUGAGAGGCUGGAGCAGGAACACACCAACAGGCUCCGAGACGAGGCCAAACGCAUCAAAGCCGAGCAGGACAAAGAGCUGUCCAAGUACCAGAACAUGCUGAAGAACCGCAAGAAGGAGGAGCAAGAGUUUCUUCAGAAACAGCAGCAGGAUCUGGACAGCGCUCUGAAGAAAAUCAUCCAGCAACACAAACAUGAGCUGGCCACCAUCGAGAGAGACUGCCUCAACCACAAGCAGCAGCUUCUGCGAGCAAGAGAGGCUGCCAUGUGGGAGCUGGAAGAGCGCCACCUGCAGGAGAAACACCAGCUGUUCAAACAGCAGCUCAAAGACCAGUACUUUAUGCAGAGACAUCAGCUGUUGAAGAGACACGAGAAGGAGAUGGAGCAGAUGCAGCGCUAUAACCAGCGUCUGAUCGAGGAGAUGAAGAACAAGCAGACGCAGGAGAGAACCCGACUGCCCAAGAUCCAGCGCAGCGAGGCCAAGACCCGCAUGGCCAUGUUCAAGAAGAGUCUGCGCAUCACCGGGGCCGCCAUCAGUCCCGAGCAGGAGAGGGACAGAGUCAAACAGUUUGCAGCACAAGAGGAAAAGAGACAGAAGAACGAGAGACUCCACCAGCACCAGAAACACGAAAACCAGAUGAGAGACCUGCAGCUGCAGUGUGACGCCAACAUCCGAGAGCUGCAGCAGCUGCAGAACGAGAAGUGCCACCUGCUGAUUGAACACGAGACCCAGAAACUGAAGGAGCUGGACGAGGAGCACAGUGUGGAACUGAAGGAGUGGAGGGAGAAGCUCCGACCCAGGAAGAAGGCCUUGGAGGAGGAGUUUGCCCGGAAGCUGCAGGAGCAGGAGGUGUUCUUUAAGAUGAGCGGGGAGUCCGAGUGCCUUAACCCGUCCACCCAGAGCCGCAUCUCCAAGUUCUACCCCAUCCCCAGCGUCCACUCCACCGGCUUCUAACCACAUACAUAUGCAUAUAUAUACAUAUACAUAUAUGUACGACCACACCGAGACGUACAGACCGAGCCUGUGCUGCCUUCAACUCAUCCUCUGACCAAUCAGAUGACGGAGCUUCAUCUGUUUGUCUGGACCAGAAACAAAACACAUUUGACUCAUUUUUACCUGUAGAGGACAUUCUGUCCAAACAGUUCCAUUUUUAUACAGAAUCCAGUGCCUGCAGAAUUAUAUACAUUAUAUGGACUAAAGUCUGUGGACGCUUUGAAUCCAGGCGUUUCUUUUCUAACAGGGGUCUGGGAUCCAAAACAAUAAGGACUAAUGUCAGAAUAGAGUUUUAUAUUAUGGGAUAGAUAUCAGUGCAUCAG